UUGGAAAAACCCGUUUCUUCGUCAAUAUGUAUGAAGCCACUGCGCCGCCUGUUUGUCGGUGCACCCUCAACCUCUUACACGGAUGUUCAUCUACACAGUCUGGCGACGUUUUGGGAUAAUACAGCUACAUGUGUUUUUUAUUUAACACACGAGAAGGAUUCACCAUUUCAUCAUCGAUGGUUGACAGUUGUGUUGUGGAUACAAUGCAGUGAAACUGGACCGGAGCAGAUUCAGUUUCUGGCAAUUCUCCCUUUGCCAACAGUAGGACAUUUGGUUCCUGUGGAAGGCUGUGCGUGUGUUUUCCUCAACAGUAAUUCCCUAUGCUCAGUAGAAGCUGCACCCUGUGUCUUACAGGAUGGAUGAUGUGGACUUAAAGAGACCUGUGAAUCUUCUUCAGCACUCUGUUUUCAGCUGUGGUGUUGAAUCUUUUACCGUAUAUAAGAGAACACCUCCCAUCCUACACCUCCAGUCCCUGGACUCUAUAAAUAAAGACUGUCUUUAGGACAAGAGAAACAGAAGGCUGAGAUAGAAGUUGCAAAACUUUAUCUUUUUUCUUUUUAAAGAGUUGACCAGCACUGCUAACAUAAGCUUAUAUGAAAGACAUGGAACUACCUUUAUUUUAAUUUUUCAGUUAUUGUACCCCCUUUCUCUUGGUGUGGGUGGUGGGAUGUCGGAGAAGCCAGACAACAAAAUGGUGAAGUUCCUUGCUCCCCCUCAGAAGAGUGGAAAUGGCCCCAGUUCUGGUUCAGAUUCGAUGGUGAAUGAAGGCCGGCCGGCAGAAGUGAGACGCCGGCAUCACACAAUGGAACGUGACAGAUGUAACCCCGAACACCGCUUCUUACGUCGCAGUGUCAUCAGUGAUUCCAAUGCAACAGCAUUGGCCCUACCUUUACCCAGCAAGAUCCCUAUCCCUGCACCCCAAAGGGUUCAGCUACGGGAGACCGUUCCCCAACGGCAACAGGCAGCUCCCUCUGCUCAUUUGCCGAGGGCUGAACCAAGCUUAGCUCUUAAUGAGGAGUCUGCUGUCAGUGGAAGAGGACAAGAAGGAAAAGAUAUAAAAAUAGCAGAGGUGAAUGUAGUGCCUUCAGAGCAGGAGCCUGCCAUUGUACAAGAUAUCUUUGAUGGAGAAGUGGUGGUAGCAGCCCACUCGGCACCAUGCUUGGGGACGGAAGUGCCGAGCCAAACAGAACCCGAAAGCACUACUGAGGUGAAGGCACAUCAUGAAGAAGAAAGCGAAGAUGGAGAUAAGGAGUCUGCAAAGGCCCGAGCAGAGGCAGAGCAGAGAGAAGCUGAGAAAAGAGUCCAGGAAGAUAUUGAAGAGGCAGAGACCAAAGCAGUGGGAACAUCACCUGAUGGCCGUUUCUUGAAGUUCGAUAUUGAAAUUGGACGUGGCUCCUUUAAGACUGUCUACAAGGGCUUGGACACGGAGACCACGGUGGAGGUGGCCUGGUGUGAGCUACAGGAUCGUAAGCUGUCAAAGACUGAGAGGCAGCGCUUUAAGGAAGAAGCAGGGAUGUUAAAGGGUCUGCAGCAUCCCAACAUAGUCCGCUUUUACGACUCCUGGGAGGGACCAUCCAAAGGCAGGAAGUGCAUUGUACUGGUCACUGAACUCAUGACGUCUGGAACACUCAAAACAUAUCUGAAGCGGUUCAAGGUGAUGAAAAUUAAAGUGCUGCGCAGCUGGUGUAGACAAAUCCUCAAGGGGCUUCACUUCCUACACACUCGGGCUCCCCCCAUCAUCCACAGGGACCUCAAGUGCGACAACAUUUUCAUCACAGGACCAACUGGAUCUGUGAAGAUUGGAGACUUGGGCCUGGCCACACUAAAGCGUGCAUCAUUUGCCAAGAGUGUUAUAGGUACCCCUGAGUUCAUGGCGCCUGAGAUGUAUGAGGAGAAGUACGACGAGUCAGUGGAUGUGUAUGCCUUUGGAAUGUGCAUGCUGGAGAUGGCCACCUCAGAGUACCCUUACUCAGAGUGCCAGAAUGCUGCACAGAUCUACCGCAGAGUUACCAGCGGUGUAAAGCCAGGCAGCUUCGACAAGGUGGCCAUCCCUGAGGUAAAGGAGAUCAUCGAGGGAUGUAUUCGCCAGAACAAAGAUGAGAGGUACUCAAUCAAGGACCUUCUGAACCACGCCUUCUUCCAGGAGGACACAGGGGUGCGUGUGGAGUUGGCAGAGGAGGAUGAUGGAGAGAUGGAAGCUAUCAAGCUGUGGUUGAGAAUUGAGGAUGUGAAGAAACUUAAGGGGAAGUACAAAGACAACGAAGCCAUUGAGUUUUCCUUUGACCUCAACAAAGAUGUUCCAGAGGAUGUGGCUCAGGAAAUGGUGGAGUCUGGUUAUGUGUGUGAUGGUGACCACAAGACGAUAGCGAAGGCCAUCAAGGAUAGGGUGUCUCUCAUCAGCCGCAAGAGAGCACAGCGGCAGCAGGUCAGAGAAGAUCAGGAAAAGAGAAGGCUAGAGGAAGAACAGCAGAAUCAGUUGCCGCCUGCACAACAACCAGGUCAGCUGUCAAGCUCUGAGGUGCCCCAGUCCCAGCCAGUGCUGCAGCCAGCUUCCUAUGUCCCUCCACAACCAACACAACACAACACACAGAUGUCUGCCCAACCCACGCCUCAGCAGAGCAUUCAGAGCUCCAACUACAGCACUUCUCAAUCAACCCAACUGACCGGCAUGCCACAAGGAAUCCCUUAUGUCCCCCAAACAACUGGACAAGUACCAGCUCCAGUCCAGGUUCUGAGUGUGGCCCCAGUCCAGCCAGAGUCAGAGGAGCCUGAGCCUGACCAACAUCAACAACUACAGCACACUGCAGGAGUCGGUCACUCAGGAGACAGACUAUCUGGGCCCAUCCUUCAUGAAGCCCUGCCUCCUCAAUCUGAAAUACCACAUAACUCCUCUUCAAGCCAGCACCUUCAGCCCCAGGUGUCCUGCACGCCAUCGCAAAAUGACCAAACGCAACAGCAGCCGUUGUCAGUGGUUCAACCUCAGUUGCAAGGAGGCCAGCCUGAAAUUGUUCCAGUUGCACCUGGCAGUCAGUCCGUUCCAGGGGCCCCUCCACAGUACGGAGUUUACUACCAACCAUCGCUUCCCCCUCAGAUUCCCACGCAGCAAGUGAUGAUUCCUCCCUCCUCACAGCCGUCCCCCCCCAAACAGCAGCAACAUCUAGAGAGCAGCACUCCCCUUCCAAACAACGUUCUGACGCAGGGACAGACUGCAGCGCAACAGCUACAGGCCCCUGCAAAUGUUUCUCAGUCCUUGCCAGCCGAGCAGCCUGCAGGAUCCUCUGCUCUUGUGCCUCCGUCUGUGGAGAGCUGCCUGUCAGAUGCAGCUUCAGGUCUCAGCGAUGGCAAUGAUGGAAGUUCUACAUCUGGAGGUCGCCAUGAGGGGCGCUCACUGAAGCGGCAUCAGCGGCGAUCUGUGCGGAGCCGUUCCCGCCAUGAGAAAACUUCAAGGGCCAAGCUGAACGUUCUUAGCAUCUCUAAUGUAGGAGACAGAGUAGCAGAGUGCCAGCUGGAAACUCACAACAGGAAGAUGGUCACAUUCAAAUUCGACCUUGAUGGUGACAAUCCAGACGAGAUUGCACAGAUCAUGGUUGCGAGUGAGUUCAUCCUAGAGAGUGAGAGGGAGUCCUUCAUCGAGCAGGUCCGUGAAGUCAUAGAAAUGGCUGAUGAAAAAGGAGAGGGCAUGAAGGAAGGCUUCCCUCAGCUUCAUAAUCAGCAACAAGCUGAGCUGUCUGUUCCCAUGCUACCAGGCAUUUCCCCCAGUACCACCGCUCAGGUUGUGCAUUCAGCGGGACGAAGGUUCAUUGUCAGCCCAGUACCGGAGUCUCGUCUUAAAGAACAGUUCUUCGGCGCUCCCUCUGCGAACACUUCCUUUGGAGACGAAUUUGGUCCAGCUCCGAUGUCUUUGGGCCUUUCUCUAUCUGCUCCCUCUGGAAUGCUGCAGCAAGCUUUCAGUAAGAUGAAGCAGGAACAUGUAGAGAGAAGCAGCACCCUUGAUCCUCCUGCUGCUGAGAAACAACCAGAAACUAAACCGUCCACUGAGGCUGCACUCGCUCCUAGCUCUAACAAUGUCCUGCCUCCUCCCGAAGCUGCUGCCUCCACGAAUAUCUCUACAUUUGCUGCAACGUCCUCGCCAUCAUCUUCAACUGGGAGGGUUUCUCCUCCACCCGUGUCCACUCAGUCCCAAACUCCAGCUCCUGUCACCACUGAUCCCAGCCCCCCUCCUCAUUCUCUCCAUGAAGCAGCCCCCUCACAGCUGCCACCAGCUGCAAACAUCCCUCCCUCAGCUUCCACAAUUUCUCCUCCAUCCGCGCAGACUUCCGUCCCUGCAGUAGCUGGGCCUCAGCCGAGCAGCAGCUCUGCCUCCUCUGCUGCUAAUGUUGCACCCAGCAGUACAAACACUGUCCCUGCUACAUCUUCUCAGCCUAUUAAUUCAUCCACCCAGGGUCAACCUGUCCCCAUUUCUACCCAGCCCCCUCCUCCCAAUCAGAGCCAGGGCCAGCCUCAGCCAGCAGAGUCAGAGGGGGCUGAUCUCCAAGCCAAAGCUGCAGGCAGGGAUGAUAUCCAAGCUCUCGAUAAGAAACUACGGUCACUCUUCAAAGACCAAAGCUCUGCCUCCUCUACAUCCAUGGACCCCGGUCAGAGCACGGGCACAUCCUCUCCUCCCACUGGUACUUCUUCGCCUCCGCCUGGAGCUGCCCUGAUGCCUCCGUCUAACCUUCCCCUCACCUCUGGAGUGCAGGGUGUUCUGGGCCCCUCCACCACCCCUGGACAGGGAAUCACCCCUGCAGGACUUGCACAGACACCUCCGACUAAGCCCAGGGCACAGACUCUACCUACUGGAUUUGAUCAAGCUGCUACACCUCCUUCUGAUCUUGUACCCCCAUUCCCUGGACCAAAUCAGUCACAGCAACCCUUGGGUAAUUUGGACGCUGAAUUGAGGAGAGCUUUGAGCCCAGAGACUGUUCAGGAAGGCAACAGAGUCCAGGCCCCAGCGGCAGGUUUCACUCUUGGACGUUUCCAGGUGUCUGUUGCCAGUGAUGGCACAUCUGGUAGUGCUCCACAUCCCUCAAGCAUUGUGUCCUCUUCUUCACUGACCCCAUCCUCGACCUCCUCGUCCUCUUCAUCCACAUCAUCCUCCUCACCCUCAAGUCCAGAAAACACCCUCCACCGGUCAUCCACUCUGUCCAAAGACCUUUGUGAAACCGACGCUGUAAAUAGAGCCUCAUCGCUCCUCGCUGGUCCCGCCGGUCAGUCAACCACUAUUGGCCGCUUCCAAGUAUCCUCGAGCACCAACGCCACAUCUGAACCAACCGCUGGCUCCAAAGUGGGACGAUUUUCCGUCACAGUGACCCCCGCCCCUGCUGCAGUCUCCAGUCCCCAACAUGGCUCCAGCAUGCAGAACGGGCCCUCAUCUUCAACCUCUGAUGCUCCUAACCCACAUGCCCACUACAGUAGUGACAAGGAUGACUCUGAGUAUGAGGACGAUGCUUUACAGAAAGAAAUCAGCCGUCUACGAGAAAAACAUAUGAUGGAGAUCCAGUUCUUGCAGACCAAACAGAAAGAGGAGAUCGAAGCCCUGUUCACACGGAUGGGGAAACCUCCUCCGCCCUCUGUUGUCUCCCCUGCUGUAGCCAUGGCAGGAGGUCGUCGUAGGCGCAAAAGCCACAAGUCUGCCCGCAGCAGUGGACAGCCUAGCCCCAAUCAUUCAGGUUCCCUGGCUUCAGUUCAAAAUCCUCACGGUUCACAGUCUCCUCCAAAGCAAAGUUCACCCUCAACAUCAGAAACUUCACAGACAGAGACCCGGCCGUCCUUACAGCUGCUCAGAUCCUCUCCAUCCAUGCCCAGCCUAAGUAGCUGCUCCACAGGAUCUGGUGGAAUCAGCUCCACAAACGGUUCAGGUCACUGCCAGAACCACUCAUCUUCGCUGACACAGGCAAGUGGACCCACUCCUCCGGCCUCCCAGACCCAGAAGGGCAAGGGCACCUUCACCGAUGACCUACACCAGCUGGUGGACAACUGGACUAGGGAAGCCAAAAGCCUAACCCAGGGCAAGAGAUGUCCUCGCACUGGAGCUCCAGCAACACUGGGGCAUGAUAUAAUCCCUCCUUCAAACAUGGGCCGUAAAUUCUCCGCCCCAGGGUACCUCUGCCCAACGCUUCCCACGCCCUCCAACACAACCUCCACCACCAGCACGGCACAUCUCCAGAAUCCGUCCAACCCCUCUGCCACUGUGGGGGCUCGUAAAGGCUCUCUGGGCCCUGUAGCCCAAGGCUUUGGAUACACCUCUCCCCCUUACAGCGCUUCUCAGUGGGCAGGACCCACAGGCACAUGCCAGGUCAGCAUGCUUAAUCCCCCACAGCCACUAACACAGUACCAGCCCCCAACGACAGCUUCGGUGUCCAUGCACCAAGGCUACCACAUGGGAUCCACGCCAGCCCCCCAUAAUUCAGUCACCCCGGGAGGGACCAACCUGAGGCCCACAUAACCCAGUCUAAGCCCUGGUCCAGGCUGUGAUGAAGGGCCACGUGGCAGACAGUAAUGAACGAGAACCACUAGCUCUCUUAGCUAGUUAGCUGGCUGGAUCUUGUGCAUUUUACUUUUAAUUAUACUUUUACUAUGUGUUUUUUUGUCUGUUGUUAAGUUCUGUGUGGUUCAAGUCCUCUCAGGCAGACUUAAUUCUGUCUGGCUAUUGGAGGGAGAGUGCAAUACACUUCCACAGCACAAGAGUCUCACACUUAGCCUGCCAUCAGCUGUGGAACAGAGCUGUGACGAGUCUGUUGGUUUUGUCCGAGGGUGUGACGCCCUAAAAAACAGAACCAACAACAGCCAAAGAUGUCUUUUCAGAGCAGACUUUGCAAUGUCCGCAUUCCUUAAAAGGGGGAGAGUAGGAGGGAUCUGGUUCACAGUCUUGGCGGUCCCUGACUUCUAGCAAAGUCUGGCGGCUGAAGACGGUUGAACUAAGGCGCCACAAACACACACAUUACUCAAAAUUCAACCUGGUUGUGUGACUUGGGAUGGAAGGUUAAGUUGUUUCAGAGUGUGAGGGGUAGCGUAGUGGGAGAUGGAGGGAACAUUCAGACUCAAAUAGAAUAGUGAAGUGAGGGGACGUGGAGUGAGGAGAAGAACGACACAGUAAGUUAGAUGGGAGUGUCAUGGUUGGAGUUGCAGUAUGAGUACAUCCCAGUGGCUACCUAUAAAGUAAAAUGCAAUAAUGGAAAGAGUAGUAAAAUUGUCCCUUGUUAACUGUGGCCUUAAUCCCCAAACACAUUUAAACAUACUGUACAUAGAUAUUCCUUCACUGGGUUAUGAUUCCAUGUUUAGCAUAUUCAUGUCCCUGUCAGAGUCUGGUGUAUCCAUACAGCUUUAUUAUCAAACAGAUUUACUCUUCACAUCAGAUGUGAAAGUAAGUUUGUCACAUAACAAAGCAUAGUCCUGGUGUUGACCACAGUUCAGAGUAUGAUACUUGAGAGGUGAUGCUGCUGUAAAUCUUAAUCUCAGUAGAGGGUGUUUCGUUUUGUUUGUUUUUUAUCACGUAAAGAAUGAAAUCUGAAGAAUCCCCUGUUGACCCCCUCAGUUAGUGCAGCAACGAAUCUGCUCAUCAUAUCAUACACAAUAGAAUAGCUUUGGUUUAUUUCAGUGUUAGCCUCCAACCUCUCCCAGUCUCUAACAGAUGGCACACAGUACACAGGCGAACAGGUUGUUAGUGAAUUCAUGUUGCAUAUAGAAUCUCUCUGCUCAUCUUGCCAUAACGUCUCAAAUCACAAGUGUCUGGGGUUCCUUCUCUGUGGUCUGUUUUUGUAUGCGUAUAUUUAAUAAAACAAAUGUUCUUUAUGGACCUGUAUUCAGCCAUCAGAUUUUGAUGUUGUUUCACUGUAAUUAUUAUUAAAGGUUGUUAAACAACAUGUAGUUAAAGGAAUAUAAAAAGUGCAAUUGCAGGGUGUGUUGUUAUUGGUAUCCUUCUCACCAUGCAGGAGUUAAUCCUGCCGUUUAAGCUCUUCUGUUUAUGACUGCCCUGCCCCCCUUUUCUAUUUAAUUGUAUAUAUGUUAAUGUGAGUAUAUGCUUUCAUAUAAUGCUCAGUCACCAGAGUAUGCUUGUGAUGACCCAUUCUUACAUGCACAUGCACUCGAACCUGUAAACAAGAGGAACACUUUAGUGCCUUGCAUCUUCACUAAUGACAAGUUCCAGAUUCAUUUAGUCCUGUAGAUGUGACUGUACCGCAGAAAACCAGUUAACCUGAAACCUGUGCACGACGUAAAACACAACACAAAUGUCACAUGGCCAGCUCAGAGGAUUUAACCCUCUGAACCAUCAGACGCCACACAAGACAGCAGAACAAAGAGCACACUGCGUAAUGCUGAAACUGUUUCUUUCCUCACUACAGUUGAAUUUGUGUUGUGUAAUAAUCAGCUGUGUAUUCAGAUUUUGGCUCAUGCGUACAUGGAAUUGGCUGACCUUUGUUUUGUGAAUUUCUCAUUGAACCGUUUAAUAGAAGCACUUGUUCAGGCAGUGAGUGAGUUGUAUAAAGGUUUGAAAUUGUCUCACGAGUGCCAUGCUGUCAUUGUGACUCUUCGCCUGCUCGUAGAUUGGAUGAGUAGUUAAACUUCUCUAGAGAAAAAUAAGUUACUGCAAUGCAGAAUAUGCAAUGUUUAAAGUUUUAAAGGGACUGAGGGGAAACGGAAACAUUUGCAUGCUGAUGAGGGUUGUUACUGACUUCAAUGUUUUUGAUAUUGGAAUAUUAGAAAUCUUUUCUUUCUUUUUUUUAAUCUUUGCCUUCUGAUUCAUCACAAAGUGUUGAUCUGUUCAGCUGCCAUUCAUUCAUUGAUAUCACAGGCACAACUUUAACUCUGACUAUCUGCGUAUGAUUUCUGCAUGACGGCUUCACGUUUAAUCUUAUAAAUGGAAACCAACUCACAACUGGCCACUGUACAGCACAAGCUUGACAAAGCUUAUGGUCCAUGUUUUAUCAGUAAAUAUCAGACGAUCGCACCGUACUGACACGCGUAGUAGUAUCUGUUGAACUCUUUAUUUCUGAUCCCUCCUUACUGAUUUCCUGUGAUUCUGUGUCUGUUUUGUGUCUGUUUUUCACAUUGUACAAAAUGUAAAAACAAAUAAAAAGAAAUAUCAAUUUA